AACUGGAAACGCCAAAGGGGGCGGUGACGGGACAGCCUAGGUUGUGGCGGUUCCCCGGUGGUUGCGCGUUGAGGGCUGAGGCGUUUUCGAGCAUUUGGACGAUGCCGUGACGCAGCAUAGCGACAGCGUUGACAGCGUGAGCGCACCCCUGUGGAGGGAGCCCUUCGGUCGCGGAGGUGGCGCGUCAAGGAGGCAGGUUGCUAUUUGAGGGUGCUCCCUCGGAGCCCUUCAGUGAGUGGGGGAGGGGCGGCGGACGCCGAGCGGUCCCCUUCUGCGCUUGCGCCGGCGCCUCCGGUGACCCGGCCUACACGCACGCGCAUGCCCGCUGCGCGUGGAGCCGCGGUGGCCGGCGGCAUUGCGCGUGCGCGCAGAAGAGCCCGCUGAGGAGCGGCGCUGGCGGACGUCGGGCGGACGGCCCGUGACGUCGUGAGGAGCGCUUUAAAGUGCGGGCUGGGCCGGGCGUCUGAGGGUCUGGCUGGGAGUCGGGUCGGUCUUCCGCGGCGGCCCUCCGCGGCAUGAGGCGCUGCCGGCGCCCUUGGUCUCUGGGACGUGGAGAAGGUGGAGGAGGAGGAAGCCCCGUUGCCGCCACAGCUGAAUGACCCCCCGCCCCUGAGGCCCGACCCCGCGCCCGGUCCCUCGACGCCCCCCGCUGGGUCCCCCGGUCUCGCAUGGGGGCUUGGCGCUGAGGAACACUUUUUCUCCCGGGGCGCCGGGGCGCGUCCUCCGAGAGCCAUGCCCGGCCGCCCCUCCCGCCCCGGAGGACCCUAGAGCAACGUCGCGGGGGCCAUGGCGGCCGCCAGCGGUUACACGGACCUGCGUGAGAAGCUCAAGUCCAUGACGUCCCGGGACAACUAUAAGGCGGGCAGCCGGGAGGCAGCGGCCGCCGCCGCCGCCGCCGUAGCCGCCGCUGCCGCCGCCGCCGCCGCCGCCGAGCCUUACCCGGUGUCCGGGGCUAAGCGCAAGUACCAGGAGGACUCGGACCCCGAGCGCAGCGACUACGAGGAGCAGCAGCUGCAGAAAGAGGAGGAGGCGCGCAAGGUGAAGAGCGGCAUUCGCCAGAUGCGCCUCUUCAGCCAGGACGAGUGCGCCAAGAUCGAGGCCCGCAUCGACGAGGUGGUGUCCCGCGCCGAGAAGGGCCUGUACAACGAGCACACGGUGGACCGGGCCCCGCUGCGCAACAAGUACUUCUUUGGCGAGGGCUACACGUACGGUGCCCAGCUGCAGAAGCGCGGGCCUGGCCAGGAGCGCCUCUACCCGCCGGGCGAUGUGGACGAGAUCCCCGAGUGGGUGCACCAGCUGGUGAUCCAGAAGCUGGUGGAGCACCGCGUCAUCCCCGAGGGUUUCGUCAACAGCGCUGUCAUCAACGACUAUCAGCCCGGCGGCUGCAUCGUGUCUCACGUGGACCCCAUCCACAUCUUCGAGCGCCCCAUCGUGUCCGUGUCCUUCUUCAGCGACUCGGCGCUCUGCUUCGGCUGCAAGUUCCAGUUCAAGCCUAUCCGGGUGUCGGAACCGGUGCUUUCUCUGCCAGUGCGCAGGGGAAGCGUGACUGUGCUCAGUGGAUAUGCUGCUGAUGAAAUCACUCACUGCAUACGGCCUCAGGACAUCAAGGAGCGCAGAGCGGUCAUCAUCCUCAGGAAGACAAGAUUAGACGCACCCCGGUUGGAAACAAAGUCCUUGAGCAGCUCUGUGUUACCACCCAGCUAUGCUUCAGAUCGUCUGUCGGGAAACAACAGGGACCCUGCUCUGAAACCCAAGCGGUCCCAUCGCAAGGCAGACCCUGAUGCCGCCCACAGGCCUCGGAUCCUAGAAAUGGACAAGGAAGAGAACCGGCGCUCGGUGCUGCUGCCCACACACCGUCGGAGAAGUAGCUUCAGCUCUGAGAACUACUGGCGCAAGUCCUAUGAGUCCGGGGAGGACUGCUCGGAGGCGGCAGGCAGCCCCGCCCGCAAGGUGAAGAUGCGGAGGCACUGAGGCGUGCCAUGCACCCCUGGGAACUCUGGUUACUCCUCACGUAGCUGCCCCCUCCUUUUGUUCGUUUCGGUUUUUUGGUGUUCCAUUUUGUUUUUGUUUUUGUUUGGUUUUUGUUUUCAUUUUUUGGUUUUUGUUUUUUUGAUCCUGAAUUUUUUUCCUCGGGUUUGUUGCCUGUUAAGGCUGAAGAACAGAUUUGGCUGGGACCUGAUUCUCGUGUUCUCGGUUUUCCUACAAAAUGGAAAGGCUGUUGGCAUCUGUAGGGGACAGAAGCUCACGCUGGAGUGGCCAGUAGAGAUGUGGGGGGCAGCUGUCCUCAAGUGGGGCUGUCAGGCUGGGUUUAUUUAAAAGCAACAAAAUGUUUUGGUUAAGAAAAUUCUUGUUUUGCUUUAAAUGUAAAUCUUUUCAGUGUUGUAAAUGAAGUUCAGUCUUCUGUCCCUUCCCCUCCCACCUGUGUCUGCGUGCUGGGUUGAGGUCUCAUGCUCCUUAUUGGUUCUGCUGGAGGCCUGCUGUCCUCCCACCUCUCACCUGUUCUCCAGGGCCUGGAAGCCUACACAAGUACCCUCUUCCUCCUGUAGCAGAGUUGUUCAGGAUGACUGGGUGGAGGUUUAAAAAGUCCUCUGCCACCCCAAAGCUAUUGGCUGAGCUCCAGGCUUCCUCCAUGUUCACUGGCCUGCUCUGCCCACGGGUCCCUGAGCUGCUGAGGGGCUGGCUACAGUGGUCCUGACCUUUCUUGCCAAGAGCACACGUCUUUGCUGGGUUGCUUCUUUCAAGCAUAUGCGUGUAAUUGUAUGGAACAGUUAGAUUUAACAUGUUGGGGCAGUUUUAGGAAUUGUUUCUAGCUAGAGGGACUGGUGUCCUUCCAAGUCUAGCAUUUGGGGUAUGGAAAAUUGUUGUGGUGUGUGGUAGGGUUUUUGUUUUCUUUUGUUUUUGAGUUAUUUUUUCAUUUGAUCUCCAGACUUUUUCCUAACCCUUUCCUUUCUCCUUCAUUGGCCAGCUUGGGGCCUUCUCUCCAUGUCAUUCCCAUAGGAAGGUGCCUGCCCACCUGCUCUGUCUGCCUGUAGCAUGCAUCCAAGGCCAGAGCUCAGGUCUGCAGACUGGGUUGGCACCUCCUCUGCCUCAGGGGCGUGGGAGCUGGGGAAGGGACUUUUAAGAAGUAAUAAAAGGAAAAAGAUAAUAAAGUUUUUGGCAGUUCCCACUUACUCAGAUCCUUGCAAGGUUUUGAUGAUCUAGAUUCAUUAGGAAUGUCUCCUUGCCAGCCAUGGCCGAGACCUGGGCCUGCUGAGAGCAGAGGCUUUCCCAGUCCCCAGGCUGCCACCACCCCAGGGAGCCUUGUCUUACAGAGGCCCAGGCCUGAGGCUGCAGAAGUCUGGGGCAGCCGUCAUCAAGAAGCCCCCUCUCAGGGGCCAGAACUCCUUUGCCAGCGUGGAUUCAAGUCGGGACUGCAUAACUAAAGCAGUUGCAGGUUUAUUUUUCUUACAGCUUUUUUCCCAAAAAUGAUUUGUAGUUGUGUGUGCAGCACUUUGCCCUGAUAUGUGUGCUCUACAAUAAAAACCAAAUCUAAUAUAUUUUGAAACAGUUGUCUGAUACUGUUAUAAGAGAGGACUUGCCUUUGGUGCUUCCUUAAUCCCCUUAUUUUCUUAACUCUGAACCCAGGCUGGGGAGGCCAGACAGAGUCCUUUGCCCAUCCAGGUCCUCACGGGAGAUAAUAGGGCUGAGGGCCGAAGGUGAACUUGCCCUCUGCUUACUGUGCUCUCUCCCACUCCAAGGAGGAUGGACCACGUGUCCAGGUGCCCAGGAUGCCGUGGUCCUUCAGGAGCCAGCAUCAUACCCUGCUGAAUUUUGAAGCCCUUUCCCCUUGGUGUGAUCAGAUAGGGUAUGUGCCAGUGAAGGAGGGACAGGGUGAGCAAAGGCAGGGAGAGCCUGGCCUUUGUAAAAGAUAGGCAAGUGGUUUUGCUCGUUAAGCAAAUUCUUGAGUUCCUACUAUGUUCUGGCCAAGCCCUCAUUGUGGCCUCAUCAGUGAGCAAAAGUCUUGGUCCUUGCUUUCAAGAUGUGUACUACAGAGUUGUGGGAUACAGUUACAGGCAUCAGCCAGAUGUGUUUGUGUUGACUGGGGUUGGGGCCCAGAGGGUUUUAGUCCCUCCAGGUCCUGGACCUGGCUGCCAGAUUCUGGUCAGCUUGGGUGUGGAGUCUCCCUCAUUGAUUUCCAGUGCCCAAACCAGUCUGGCCAAUUCUUUGCUGUGGAGACCUGGCAAGUCACUUACCUGCCCAUUUCAGAGAGGAGAAGAGAGACUCUAGAGGGAGCAGGUGACCGGCUGGGGCUCAGUCUUGCAAAUCGGUGACAAGAAAUGAAGGGCACUGGGGGAGAGCCUCCAUAUGCUCCAUAGCUAGUUGGGCCUGCGGGGGUAGACAGGUCCACAGUUGCCCCAGAGAGGAGACAUUAGAGCUGAAAGGGAUGGUAACUUGCUCAAAGUCAUCCAGACUACAUGGCAGAGGGGGAUACCUCCCACUCUAGGGCCCAGGCCCCUGACUCAGGCAUAGAAUGGGAGCUCAUAUGCAGGCCUGGGGAGCUGAAACUACAGUAGCUGUGACAAUCACACCUGGGCUUCCUAGUUCCAAAAAGGCCCUUUGCUCUGCAGGAAUAAGGGACAGAGAGACUAGGGGAAGGGGCUUCGGCCCUUAUAGGUCCUGCUGUAUCACUGGCUUUAGUCUCUGCCCAGCGCUGAGACUAAGCAUCCCAUCUCUGGACUAAACUAAUUUUCUGAGUAGUCCGUAAGCCUGUGGGGAUUCCAUACCUGACUCCAUGAAUCUGACUCUGCCCCCAGCCCAGUCUUGCACACAGUAGGUGCUCUAACAACAUCUGGCACCAGCCCUGCCUUCUUAGGUACCCCAUCGCAUUCCUCCAAGCCUCCUGUGCUGGGGGAAGUUGAGGCCCAAAGUCCCCUUCAUUCAAAAAUAUGAGUGUCCUACUGUGUGCCAGGCUCUGUGCAGGGUGCUGAGGAUACAAGACCUGGUAUAGAUCUCUCACACACGGCUGUUCUAAAUUGUGCCAACAUGAAAGAUGUGUAGCACAGAAAUUACGAAUAAAAUACACAGUACACUCUAGCUCUGUAUAGCCAAGUGUUCCUUAUAGAAGCCUUUUGUUGAUCUUUUUUGAUAGAUUCUUUUAUUUGUAGCGUGCCCGUGGUUGUAAUUCAACCGUGAUACGGCAAAUGGAGUUGGAUCCCAUUGCUCAUAAUAGUUUUCCAGGGCUCCUGUAACAAAUUACCACAAACUUUGUGGCUAAAACAUCAGAAAUUUAUUUCUCACAGUUUGGAGGUCUGAAAUCCAAAAUUAUGAUCACUGGGCUGAGAUCACAAUUCAAACCACCCUCCUUCUGGAGGCUCUAGUCCUUGCCUCUAAAAGCUUCUGGUGGCUGUUGAUGUUCUUUGAUCGUGGCCUGGUAACUCCUGUCUCUGCCUCCGUGGCCACGUGACUGCCUCUUCUGUGGGUACCAGAUCCCCUUCUGCCUGUCCCUCACAAGGACACUAGUGAUUGGAUUUAGGGCCCACCUGAACGAUCAAAAAUAUUCUGCCCAUGUAAUAAUCUUCAGUCACAUCCGCAAAGUGAAAAAAUACACAAAUUCCAAGGAUUAGGAGCUGAAAUAUUUGGGGGGUGGGGACCACUGUUCAGCCUACUACACUACUCUUUUCCCGAUAGUCUGUCACUAAAUCUUGUACAUGGCCCUUCUCAUCGUUGGAACAAACUGUGUUAAUUGGAUUGAAAUUUCUCAGCCUCAGCACUACUAUUAAAUUUGAUCUGCAUUAUUUUCUCUACUGAUUCCUUAAAUCUAGACCUGUGCUGUCCAAUAUGGCAGCCACCGGACAGUUUGGCUGUUGAACACUUGAAAUGUGGCUGGUUUGAAUUGAGAUGUGCUUUAAGUGUCAAAUACACACUAGAAUUUGAAGUUAGUAUGAAACAGAAUGUAAAAUAUAUCAUUAGUUACUUUAUAUUGAUUACGUGUUGAAAUGACAAUAUUUUGGACAUACUGGGUUAAAUAAAAUACACUUUAAUUUCA